GGCCACGGCGGCGCCAUGAGCCAGCCCCGGCACGUGGGCAAGAUCCGCCGGCGCCUGGACGACAUCAAGAACCAGUCGCUGGCGCUGCCCAAGGCGGAUUUCAGCCACAACGAGAGCAUCAGGCUGGCCACGGACGCCUUCCUGGACGGCGGCACCGACUCCUACCUGGAGACCUUGGGCAAGGAGGGYGAGGUGGAUUUCCUGUCCUCCGUGGAAGCGCGCUACAUCCGGGAGCACGCCACGGAGUCGCCGUACGCGURCGAGGCCGGCGCCGACGGCGCGGCCGGCGCCAAGCAGCCCAACGAGGCGGCCUCGCUGCCGUCGGGCACCUACUUCCCCACAGCGUCGGAGAGCAGCGAGCCGCCGCUGCUGCGCUCCUGGAGCGCCGCCGAGAAGCCCUACCUCAAGGAGAAGUCCACGGCCACCGUGUACUUCCAGACGGAGAAGAACAGCAACAUCAGGGACAUCAUCCGCCGGCACAUCAACAGGACCACGCAGGUGCUGGCCAUCGUCAUGGACGUGUUCACGGACACCGAGAUCCUCUGCGACCUCCUGGAGGCGGCCAACAAGCGCAUGGUGUUUGUCUACCUGCUCCUCGACCACGGCAGCAUAGAGCUCUUCUCCGAGAUGUGCGACAAGCUGCAGGUGGCCGAGGAGCUCUUCAAGAACAUUUCAGUCCGCAGCGUCACAGGAGAGGUUUACUGUGCCAAAUCAGGCAGGAAAUUUGCAGGACAAAUACAAGAAAAGUUCCUGAUUUCUGACUGGAGAUACGUGCUCUCUGGCUCUUACAGCUUCACGUGGCUGUGCGGCCAGGUGCACCGCAACCUGCUCUCCAAGUUCACGGGCCAGGUGGUGGAGCUCUUCSACGAGGAGUUCCGCCACCUCUACGCGCUCUCCAAGCCCGUGAGGGGCCCCAAGUCGCCGCCGCGGGCGCCGGUGCCGCGCGCGGCCGCCUGGCCCGCGCGCCGCAGCCCCUCGGCCAGCAGCGCRGGCAGCGCCCACACGCUCUCGGACGCCCUGAGCAGCCUCUCGGCCGGCAGCCCCCGCGCCGGCCGCGCGCCCCGAGCGCCCCUCUUCAGCGGCGCCCUGGCCCCGCCGUCCCCCCUGCACAGGGUCGGCUCCUUCCACAGCUACGGGCCCUUCACGCCGCCCCCGCCGGCCCUGCCGGCCACCUACUACCAGCCGCACUGCGACUCGGCCGCCCUCCUCUACGGCAACAUGAACAUCUACAGACCCAUCCGGCUGCGGCAGGAGGAGCCCGGCAGGACCGGGGUAGCGGCGCCCUGGCGGUGCCUUCACAAGGCCAACCUGUUCGCCUGA